CUUUUUUCUUCUCAUGGUAUGUUUAUAUUGCUAAUUAAAUUAAUGAGAGUAGUAUAAUCAAUCCCAUAACAUAUUUAUUUAUCUAACAAGUCAGAGAAUAUGAAGCUGAAUUAUAUAUAUGUCAUUGUGUUUUUUUUUGUUAAGGUUUUAUUGGCAAAAUGUUUCAUACAGCUGAAUUAAAUGCACUUGUUAACUUUUUUCUUAUGUUUUCUGCUGAUAAACCUAUUGAUUGGUUACUUGAAUAUUAUCAAGAUACAAAAUAUUGUUCAUUUGGUGCUGAUGUUCAAUCAUGUACAAGAACAAAAAGUUUACAUCGUUUUCGUUUUCGUCCAUCUCUAUUUCAACAUAUUGGAAUUUAUUCAUCAUUAAAGGGUAAAAUACAAAAAUUAAAAGAUAAAGAUUUUGGUAAAAAUGUUAAAUUAUUUAAAUCACAUGAAAAUCCAUCUGUAUCAUCGAUUGUAUCAACAUUAAAAGAUUAUGAUAAACAUACAUUAGCAAAUUGUUAUGCAGGACAAAAUUUCUUUUGGGCAUUACAACCUAAAAAAGAUGAUACUAUUGUAUUAAAAUACGAUCCACCACUUUUAUUAUCAAGAGUUUAUUUUAAAUCAGGUAAUCCUGAACAUCCAGGAGACAAAUUUUUUAAUACAACUGUUGAUCUACAACCAUAUGUACAACCAAAACAAAAAUUAAACUAUAUUAAAGAUAGUGAUGGAUAUUUUACAGUAGCAAAUUUUUCACAUGAUACUGGUAUUGCUGAAGCAUUUGUUGAUAAAGUACUUGGACCGAUAUCAAAUGUUCGCUUAAAAGUACAUUCAAAAUCAGAUGCAUGGGUGAUAUUGAAUGAGAUUCUUAUUGAACCACUGAAAUGA